AUGGUACAUUGUCCACCACCCGUAUUCUUGAGGCGCCAACAAAGAGCUGAGGGUCAUCAUGCUCCAGCCUCUUCCGACAAAAAUGCAUACAGAUGUACGAAGACGGUAGCCUCCCUGGUGGGAGUGCUUCCACGUCGCCAGAUUGGCAACACGUUGAAAAAAGUAACAAAAACACAACAAAAAACAACAAAGAAACUCCAAAAACACGAACAUAUUCGAACACAAGAAGAGACCAAGAGACCACGUUCUGGUUCCAAGAGACCACGUCCUUCUACACCUGAAGAAAUUGUUCUUCAAAACAAAUUCGCGGCGCUAUUGUCCGACGACGACGAAAAUGAUGACCAAUUUCCAAAAUUACCGCAAGAAAUCAAAGAAGAACUCGAAGAAUUAAAUGUUCCAUCCACAAAUGUGUUUAAAAUGAACAUCAAAAAUCAAAACAGACACCUAUACAAAGUUGAUUUUCCAUCAACAACAUCGUAUCAACAAAUUCCACGAAUCAACACACAUUUAUCAACAAAAAUUUAUUGGGCCAAAUACCAAAGAGGUAGCGGCCCAACACAGUGCUUCCAUUGUGAAGCUUUCGGGCAUAGUGCUUCGAAUAGUUUCUUAAAACCGAAAUGCGUAAAGUGUUUAGGAGAACAUGAAACCAAAGAGAGUACAAAAGACGCCCAAACAACACCCAAAUGUAUCAACUGUCAGGGUGAUCAUCCAGCCAACUUCAGAAAAUGUCCAACGUACAUAGGAUACUUAAAAAAAUUAGAAGAGCGUCGCAUGAAAAAUGCUACACCAAGAUUCAUACCUGCGUUUAAUUUAACGUAUGGGCUCAACGAUCCGCCCAACGAGAAGAAAAUCAAAACCAUUCAGUUGCAAAAACAUCCAAUAUUGGGUGGUGACGCCACUGAUCCAUUAUUCAAAUAA